GCCAAGACCGCGAUAGAGUAAAGGAUAUAGCCUGCUAGCUAGAUCACAAGCAAGAUAAAACUCGACUUUCAUCCAGUACUGCAGGCAAGAUCUCUCCAACCAAACCUGGCUGCAGACGGACAGCGGGCGGACCCACAGGCACGCUAGCAGAGUCGCCCACAGCCGGCCCCGGACAGAGACUCACGCGCACGCGGGACUCAAACGGACACGCGGGACUCAAACGGACACGCGGGACUCAAACGGACACGCUGACAGAAGGCAGGGGCCCAGAUAAAUGGCUGACAAGCAGAUCAGUUUGCCUGCCAAGUUGAUUAAUGGGGGCGUGGCUGGCCUGAUUGGGGUCACCUGUGUGUUUCCCAUUGACCUGGCCAAGACCCGCCUCCAGAACCAGCAGAAUGGCUCGCGCCUCUACACCAGCAUGUCAGACUGCCUUAUCAAGACCAUUCGCUCUGAGGGCUACUUCGGCAUGUACAGAGGGGCUGCGGUGAAUCUGACGCUUGUCACGCCAGAGAAAGCCAUCAAACUGGCUGCCAAUGACUUCUUCAGACAUCACUUUUCCAAGGACGGGCAGAAGUUGACCUUGCUGAAGGAGAUGCUGGCGGGAUGUGGAGCUGGCACGUGCCAGGUGAUCGUCACCACUCCUAUGGAGAUGCUGAAGAUCCAGCUUCAGGAUGCUGGGCGGAUCGAGGCCCAACGGAAGCUGAUGCCACAGACGGUGAGCUCAGGCCCCGGGGCCCCUGUGGAGGUGAAGUCCCCCACAGCCAUGCAGCUGACCCGGGACCUGCUGAAAAGCAAAGGCAUUGCAGGGCUGUACAAGGGCCUGGGGGCCACACUGCUCAGGGAUGUGCCAUUCUCUAUAAUCUACUUCCCUCUCUUUGCCAACUUGAAUAACCUGGGUCGGCGGGGGGCCGAGGGCACCGCCCCCUUCUACGUGUCCUUCGCAUCGGGCUGCAUCGCCGGGAGCACUGCUGCUGUGGCAGUCAACCCUGUGGACGUGAUAAAGACCAGGCUACAGUCUCUGACCAGGGGAAGCCAAGAGGACACUUACUCAGGAGUGACUGACUGUAUCAGGAAGAUUCUCCAGCGGGAGGGUCCCUCUGCCUUCCUGAAGGGGGCGUACUGUCGCGCCCUGGUCAUCGCCCCGCUCUUCGGCAUCGCCCAGGUGGUCUAUUUCCUGGGCGUGGGCGAGCUCCUGCUCAGCUUCCUGCCCAAACGGAAGGACUAGCGCCCCCCGCAGGGCGGCGUGCGUGUGUGUGGACGCGGCCUGUAAAGGACCAGCUGACACUUGUGUAGCAGUGUUUUUCUGAAUGUCGUAUUUUUUUGUGUGGGUGCAGUGAAAUGAUUUUUGAUUCUUUUGUUUUUUUCACGAAACUGCCUGGGUUGUGUCUGGAUUACAGUCAAUUGACUUGGCAACCCUUAAUCUCAGCCAUCUAUUUGGUCACUUUCAAAUUAUAUGCGUAAUAACUUCAUGAUUCAGUAGUUGAGGGGGCACAUCCAGUCCUGGUUGACUUCUGCAUGCCCCGUUUAAUAUAUAUGCCCAGAUUCUGAGGACCAAUGCAGUUACACUCUCUGUCAGAGUAAAUUCUUAAACUCAGUGAAAUGAUACACUGUCAGAGUAAAUUCUUAAACUCAGUGAAAUGAUACACUGUCAGAGUAAAUUCUUAAACUCAGUGAAAUUAUACACUCUCAGAGUAAAUGCUUAAACUCAAUUAAAUUGCACACUGGCAGUGUAAAUGCUUAAACUCAACAAAAUUAAACAAUGUCAGUGUAAAUAGGUAUACUCAACCAAUUAAACUUAAAUGAGUAAACUCAAUAACAAAAACACGAAUCUGUCAGUACAAAUGGUUAUUUUCAAUAAAGUUAAAUUGUUGUAUUUGGUUGAAUUGAAAAUGGAACAUCUUCAGUAAGUCAUUAAAUUCAAUCAAUUAAACAAAAUACUGUCAGUAUAAGGUAUUAAACUCAAAGUUAAUGAAUUGAAAAUUGUCAGUGUAGAUGGUUAAACUCAAACUGAAUGAAUUGAAAAUUGAAAUUGAAAUGGAAAUGGUUCAACUCAAACACAGUAUCCAUUGCAUCCUUGAGGCGAGUUUGGCUCGCUGUGCCAGACCAAAGUCCAACCCCAUGGGGCUGCAGAAUGCUCGUUUGGAUUGUAGAAAAAUGCCAGGUAGAGGAUCCACUGCUCAGAUCUGGAUUCCCCGAAAGUUUGGGAACACUGCGGGAAUAUCAUUCAAAGACAAAGAGAGGGUGUUCCCCCUUCCAAUCCACUGUGCGUCUGUAUGGAUGCCCCAGGCACUGGUUAUGUUGGGAGAACCCCCCAGACAUUCCAUAAGCAGCACCUCAGAGAGUGUGAGUGCAGGGAAAGCUGGAAUUGAUCCAGGGUCUGGAUUUACUGGGAUCAAGACGAGUUUGCUGUCUGUUAUGAUUUCCUCAUAUCCUCCUAUUCCUGCAAUUUCAAAAAGGAGAAUGAAUCCUGUUUUGCAAUUUACAAUCAGAGAUGGGAGCAAAGUGUAUUUAUCUAUUUAUCAAUUGAAAUUCCUUUCUAUAUAUAUCUAUAUAUUUGUAUCUGUCAUUUUACUGCAUCUGUGUGUCCACCUAACUGUACUGUAUAUAUGCAAAGACGAUAUGAAUUUUAUGUUGUAUGAUUUUAUUGUUCAUUUUUUACGUCAUGGCUUAUUUGCACACCUACCUCUCCCAGUUCCCGUCUUGUGUCUCGUGUCAAGGUAGUGGUGUUGUGGUAUUGUAAUGUUGCAGAUGGAUGUGCUGGAGUUGCUUUUUACCAGUUCUGGGGAAUGAAAUAUACUACUAAAAUAUGCGAAAAGGAUGAUAUUACACUUGGUAUGCAAUUGGGAGCGUUGAUAAUUUUGCUCUUCGAUGAUUGUACAGUAGGGGGGCAAUAUCUCGGGAUAUAUUGUUUGAACGGGAUAUUUUUCUGCACCGUCCCGUCUUUUUGUGACCAAAUUGUGUCCAGGAUUGCCUCUGGAAUCGCUGGUUUCCUAUGAAAUCUUCACAUUAGAAAAGCCACAUCUUAUCUGCAAUGUGAUUGGUUUCUGCUGUUACCUGGGAAACAGAGCUGCAUGCAGGCAUUCUGCUCUACAACUCAUGUUAGCUGCUGCCUUUCUCAAAUGAGAAGGCCUCACAAAAACUCACUUAUGUUCUGUCUGCAAAGAGGCUGGGAUUACAGGGUUCUGACUCAAGUCAAAAAUGAGUUUUUACUUAAGAACGGACCUUGUUUUGUCACUCUGCAUUUCAAGAGUUGAGUCACCAAAAAUGGAAUGUUACAUAGGUGCAAUAUGAAGCAGUGCUUCUAAAUUGAAAAUCUAAAACAUAUAUAAUCUGCAGAGCAAACUGUGCUGUAGCUCACAGCAGGUAACAGAUUUGACUCUAAAACCAUUAGCGGUCUACAGGAGCAUCAGUAAAUAACAGCCAGUUUAUCCAGUGUUUAGGCGAGAGGUUUUCAGAUUUCAGCCCUGAUUAGCACACUCUAAAUUGCCUCCUUUGUGCUAUCACAUUUCUUCCUGGGCGCAGUGAGCAGGGAAGAAGCCAACCGUACUUAUGAAGGUAUGAGGUUUACACUGGGUUAUUAUCAUCUCCUUUUUGACUUCAGUUCUACUGAUGUGGCAAAUGAUAUGAAAAUGUGUUUUAAAAAAAUGUGUUGGGUCCAGGGAGAGCUGCCCCAAUUGGUUAGACCAAGAAACACGUGGGCCAGUUGAACAUUACCUUGUGUCCACAAUUAAGUAGUGCCUGAAUAGUGGCAACAUUGAAAGGGAGACGGACAACAUGAACUCAGAAUGUCAGUCGCUUUUAUUAUUUGCUUUGCAAGGACUGAGGCCUUUGUUUACAAUCACAAUGGAGCUGUGCAUUGUGGGAUUUCUGGUGCUCUAGCUCCCUCUUCGAGGGCUCUGGUUGUCCUAGUUAUCCAGGGGUGUUGUUGUUACUGGUUGUCCUAGUUAUCCAGGGGUGUUGUUGUUACUGGUUGUCCUAGUUAUCCAGGGGUGUUGUUGUUACUGGUUAACAGUUGACUGCAAACACAGAAAUUUAGGUUUGUGACCUUUAAAGCCGAACUCCUGGAUACCAAGAACGGCGCUUCAAAAAGUGCGUAAGUCUUCGGAGCAAGUGCCAACAAUCCCAAAACGCCCCGCUCUGUUCAGUAUACAAUCAAAGGCUACCAAAUGUUUCAAAGAAAAUAACAAAAGAAGUUUGAAAGUUUCAAACGGGAACCAAGCAGUAGAUAUUUUUAAUCUACCACCGUCUGCAUUUUGAGCUCAUGCUUUUUUUCCCGCACAGUGGAGGCUCCCUUUUAAAUGGCCAAGCCCUUGACCUCUUAUAUGAUCCUAGCUGGAUAUAUUUUGUUUUGGGUUUUUUUUCUUGUUUUUUAUUUUUUAUCUUAUUUCUGGAGCAUUCCACCCGCAAACUCAUCUCAUGAUGUUGUCAUUGGUUUCUCUAUGCUUAUUGUUGUUGUGGCUCUUAGAACGUGUCUAUUCCUUUUAUCAGCUGUGAAAUUUGAACAGACUCUGUGAAGUUGGCAGUGAAUCUGUGUGUUGGGUGCGUGUGUCCGAGUUCAGCCGGUGCUGUGUAUGUAUCUGUGUUCAGGGUCAUAGACACUAGGCUAAGAGAGAAGUUUAUUCUUUUAGCUGUCAGUCACUCCCAUUUCACAUCCUCCUGUCAGUCUGUACAUCUGGCACCUCUAUCUCACUACCAGGACAGACAGACUUAGGGACGAUUUAAACACCAAAAAUACUACCUUAUCACCAUCAUAAAAGCACAAAGAAUUACUUCACACAAAAUUCAUUGAAGGUGUCCCAGUUAAAAACGUACAAAUAUGGCCCCUGACUGAGACAUAGCAGCGCAAUAAGUAGGAAUUUAAUGAUAUUUCUAGUAUAUCACAUCUUAGAAUCCAAUUUUCUAUGAAAUAUCAAUAUUUCUAUUUUAGAUUUAUUACAGAGCAAUACAUUUGUAGAUGUGCCACAAUUAUGCACUCUUGCAGAAUUUACCAUGAAGGUAACGUGGUUUAUUUCUCAUGUGCACAGGUAGUGAAUUACCUGCGCAUCAUGGAGAUUGAUCUUGUGCAUUUUAGCUGGGCACUUUUUCUGUAUACUAUCUAUAUUCAGUACAAAUCUAUAUAUGUUGGCUACUUAUUUCCAAAUAAUACACUUGAUCAGAGAAUGUAACUUUGAAUAUUAUGACCAAUGUCAGGUUAGUUAGUGAGAGACUAGUUGAUUAGAUAGUUUAUUAAAUUAGUUAGAAAUUUCCCCUGAUGCAUCUGAAUUGCAGCUCUCUAUCUCUGAAGCCUCAUGGUUAGCACGUUGGGUUAGCACGUUAGCAGGGUAGCAUCUCAUAUAUAAUGCAAGGCCGGCAACGUGGUGCCCGAACACACCCGCUACGUGUCUCCUGUGAAUCGGCAGAGCACACUAAUGCAUGCACACAAGCCCGGAUCAUUCCGAUCCCACCACCCCCUCCCCACACCCAAUCCCAAUCCAGAUCCGGGAGCCUUUGUUCUGUUCCUCCAAGAGGAGUGGUGCGUCAAAGCACUUUAAAAAGAAAAAAAAGAAAAAAACACCCCAUCUCACCCUACCACCCACCCUCCUUCUAGUUGAAGUGUGUGUACGUGCGUCUGUGUUUGUACACAGUGCAGGGGGUUUGUGAAUAAGUGUGUGUAUCUGAAACAUGAAAUUUUAAAAAAAUUCUACAAUUGUCGUGUUGUUGUUUACCUUGUGAAUAAAAACAAAUACACUAAAAAGUGGCAUUCCCUUGACACAGAUUGUUGUCCAAUAAAAAUAAAUGAUUGUG